AUGGGAUUUGCCCCCUCUGUUCAUUCCCCUCCCUGCACCCUUUUGGACCGCCUGCAGAUCGAACGUGUUUUGGUCCCACACCCCGUACCACCAGCUUCUUCUUUCUCCUCUAGCUUUCCAGAGUGCCCAGAAAGGUUGGUGGCCAUAUGGGAGAAGCUGCUGGAAUGGGAGCUGCUGGAGCGUUGCGUCCCAGUGACGGCUCGCGAAAUCACUGAGGAGGAGAUCCUUUUGGCUCACAGUCAGGAGUACCUGGCCCUAAUGAAAUCCACCGAAACGAUGAGCGAGGCUGAGCUGAGGUCUCUGUCGGACACCUAUGAUUCCGUCUACCUUCACCCGAACUCCUACCGCUGUGCCUGCCUCGCUGCUGGUUCCGUCCUGCAACUCGUAGAGAAAGUGCUGACUGGGGAGCUCCGGAAUGGGCUGGCAUUGGUCAGGCCGCCUGGACACCACGCCCAGCACGACAAGAUGGAUGGCUACUGUAUGUUCAACAACGUGGGCAUCGCGGCCCAAUACGCCCGGCAGAAGUUGGGGGCGGAGCGGGUGCUUAUUGUGGACUGGGAUGUACAUCACGGACAAGGGACCCAGUAUCUUUUUGAGGACAAUCCCAGCGUCCUUUAUUUCUCCGUCCACCGCUACGAAGAAGGCAGCUUCUGGCCCCACCUCCCAGAAUCCAACAGCGACGCCGUGGGCAGAGGCCGGGGAGAGGGCUACAACAUCAACGUGGCCUGGAACCAGACAGGAAUGCGAGACGCUGACUACCUCUCUGCCUUUUUGCACAUCCUCCUGCCCGUCGCCUUCAAGUUCCAGCCCCAGCUGGUCCUGGUGGCUGCUGGUUUCGACUCGGUCAUCGGUGACCCCAAGGGGGAGAUGGCUGCUUCCCCAGCAUGCUUUGCACACCUGACGCAUCUGUUGAUGUCGCUGGCCGGGGGCAAGCUGGUUCUCUCUCUGGAGGGCGGGUACAAUCUCCAGUCCUUGGCGGAGGGAGCCUGCAUGGCCCUGAAGACUCUGCUUGGAGACCCCUGCCCCCUGCUGGAACCUCCCCAUGUCCCAUGUAGCAGCGGCCUCCGUUCAGUGUCCCAGACACUGGCCGCUCACUGCAAGUACUGGAAGAGCCUCCGGAGGACCGGUGCCGACUUGCCUCAGGAGGGUGGCGAAGAUGCUGGUGCCACUCUGCCUGCAUCCACCCCCCCGCCGGUGCCGGAAACCCUGCCCAGACCAGAAGCUGAACCCGUGAGACCCCUGCCCCCUUCCCGCACCGGGCUGGUCUAUGACGAGAAGAUGACGCAGCACUACAACAUGUGGGACAGCCCGGCGUACGUGGAGGCGGUGAAGUCCACGGCCACCAUGAAGCCCCGUGACCUGCACCGCCACGGCAACCAGUACAAUUCCAUCUACAUCUGUGCCAGCUCCUAUGAGUGCGCCCGACUGGCAGCCGGUUCUGCAUUCAGCGCAGUGGAAGCGGUGCUUUCCGGGAAGGUCCAGAAUGCUGUGGCCAUCGUCCGACCACCCGGGCACCAUGCUGAAUCGGACACGGCCUGCGGCUUCUGUUUCUUCAACUCGGUAGCCUUGGCAGCCCGAUACGCACAACGCUUGGCUGGACGGCCCAUGAG